AUGAACCGGUAUAGUCAUAUUCUUGUUCAAGACACGGUGCCAUCACAGCAUCAGUCAGAUAUCUACUUGCAUUGGUACCGACGUACAUAUGGUGACCACUUGCAUCUGUCACAGCUCGGACUGGAAGAGAAUCAGCACGGUGAUCCUAUGAUUAACCAGGAGAAUCAACAAGAACAACCACCGCCACCACCACCUCCCCCCUCACAGACACAUGCACAACAAGAGCCUGAGCAGUUCAUUCACCAGCAGUACUGGAAUGUCCCGCACCAAGAAUCAGGUGAAUAUGGUUCAUUUAGCCAGUUGCUUGGAUUCAUGGCUCCUGUGUCAGGUUACUCAUACCCAGCAUAUGGAAACAUUCCCACCGACCAGAUGGCCCAACCAAGUGGGAUUGCUCCAGGUAGAUUUUCAUUGGAUACGAGACCUCGACAGAUCACUUCGUCUAGUACUUCCAGAGGUAGGAUUUCUGUUUACUCAAGUAUGAGUGAUGAUGCCACGAGGGGGAUCAUACAGAGUGGAAAUUCACGCCGUGUUCCGAUGAAUCUCAUUCUAGAGAGCUACCAGCCAGUUGAUGAGGACAAUGAUGACUAUCUGGUUGACCAUCCAGAUGGGGAUGAGGAUGAGGAUGAGGAUGAUGAUGAGGACGACGAUGAAGAUGAGGAGGAUGGUGAGGAUGAAGAUGAUGGGGGUGAUGGUCUGGAUGAUGUUGGAGUUAUUCACGUCUUGGAUUUAGUUAUUUGUAUCGUAUGA